AUGUCAGAUGUUAUAGAAGAAGAUGAAAUUUCUGCAAUGUCUGGUGAUUCUGAUGUAUAUGCUACAGAUGGUGAAAAAAAAGAAACAUCUCUUUUCGCAGCUGUAAGGAUAGCUCGUUGGAUGGCUAGAGCAUAUGGCUAUAUGGCAAAAAAGAAGGAAUCCUAUAAAGUGGAACAGAUGUACGGGAGUACGGUAGAGAUACAGAAGAUACAAAGAAUGGAUUCUGAAGAGGAAAUUGUUGAUGAUGAAGAUAUUGAUCUAUCACCCACCACAGGGGACCCGGACAAGGAUAUGGAAAAAGUAUGCAUGUGGUAUGCCAAGAUGUACGGGCAAAGGAAUGCUAUGUACCAUGAAGCGUACAAUGAUGAAUUGUACCGUCAAGCUAAGAUGCUGAACUGAACUGACUCUAUAUCAACCAAUAAAUCAAAUCAAUCAAAUCAAUCAAUCGAUUCAAUCAAUCAAUUCAAUCAAUCAAUUCAAUCAAUAGCUUGUGGAUGAAUGUCUGUUUCGAUCGAACUACAGACACGAAAAUAAUGAACAGUUUUCAGCGGUUUUAAGACAUUGUGUCCAAAAUAAAAGCCAAUUUCGCUUGGAUGGCAAUUUUUUUUAUUCAAAAUUGUUGAGAUUGACAAUUCUCCAAUUCUAGUUGAACAUUUUCAGAUUUAAAAACAUUUAAAUAUAGACCCCUUAACAUUAACCCAUUUAAAUAUAGACCCCUUAACAUUAACCCAUUUAAAUAUAGACCCCUUAACAUUAACCCAUUUAAGAUA